AUGCGCAUGCCCAAGCCCAAGGAGCGCUUCCUCUGGGUGGACCUGACGUAUCCGAUUCGCGGCAUCUACAUGCCGUCGGCGUUCCAUGGGUUCCCUCUGAAGAAAUACGAGAAGUGGACGCGCUAUGUAUUUGUGAAAUUCAAUCAGGCCAGUAUGAAACUCACCACCUUCCGAGAAACAUUUGGAGCCGGGACUCCUCAAUGGCCUGCUCGGUGCCAUCGGUAUGUCGGCGUCGGCUGGACCAAGAGUGGAAACUGUGGAUGA